AUGGAAUUUAUUGGUGUACCCGGGGUUUUUGGCACUCCUCACGAGAUUGGCCUAACCCACGGCCAUGCCGCCUCAAAACCAAUCGCAAGAUCCAUAGCCUUCUACACCUGGAUGUUCUCCACCACAGCAAAACUUAGCUGGCCUGAAGUCCGGAAUCUCGCCUCAGACUUCGAACCGGUAAUUCGGAAAAAAUGGCCCGAAUAUCUCGAAGAAAUGUCUGGCAUAGCAGAAGGCGCUGGCGUCGCACUUGAAGAUAUAAUCGCCAUAAAUGUCCGGACGAAAAUCACGUUUGGACUGUAUGAUGAGAGGGGGAGUGAUGGUUGUACUGCCUUGAGUUGGAAGACGGGAGGGGAGGGAGCUAUUGGGAGCUGGUUGGCACAGAAUUGGGAUUGGAAUCCAAGACAACAGGAGAAUUUGAUACAGCUCACAAUUGAGCAAGAGGGAAAGCCGACGAUUAAGAUGAUGACGGAAGCAGGGCUGAUCGGGAAAAUUGGAAUCAAUUCUGAAGGUGUCGGGGUUUGCUUGAAUGCGAUUAAAGCUCGGGGAAUGGAUCCGACUCGUUUACCUUGUCAUUUGGGGUUGAGGAUGGUUUUGGAAAGUCGGAGUCGGGAUGAGGCUGUGGCGAAAUUGGAGAAAUUUGGGAUCGCGAGUGCGUGUCACAUGCUCGUUGCCGAUGGGGAGAGUGGUGGGAUCGGAUUGGAAUGGAGUUCAGUGGAGGUUAGGAAGGUGGUGCAGAAUUCGAAAGGACAGGUCUUUCACUCGAAUCAUUGGCUGGAGAAGCAUGAGGGGGUAGGACAGGAUACGAACUGGUUGGAGGAUAGUGGCUACAGGGUUAAGAGGAUUGAGGAAUUGUGUGGACUAAUCAAAGAUCAGGAGGUGGGCAGGGACGUGUUGUUCGAGAAGGUUUUUAAGGAUGUUGGAAAUUGGCCUGGUGCGAUUUGUAGGAGUGCUGAAGGGAAGAGUAUGAGUGCGACUUUGUUCAAUAUCAUCAUGGAUUUGAAGGAGAAGAAGGCGUAUGUUAGUGUGGGUAGGCCGGUUGAGCCUUUGGGGGCGUUCACUUUGAGCUUUGAUUGA